CAUGAUGUAAUUUAAUUCGUCGGUGUUAAAGUGGGGAUGGAGCAUAGAGGUAGAGCUCCAACACAAUUAAGAGUCCACUAAGGCUAAAGAGUCGAAAUAGAUUAAUUUAUUGGUGGUCGGUCUCCUUCUAGAAAACAUGUAAUCAUCAAUUAGGUUUUUCACCACAAAUGGGAUGACUCUUUUAUGUUGGUGUAAAGUCUGGAAUUCACACUACAAACUUAAUAUUUAGAUAAAAGCAAGAGAUUGCAAUAUCCAUACCAAAUUAUCACAAGCUUAAUUUUAUAAUCUCAGAAAGGGUAUGGCUUUGCUCUGAAGAGCAGGGGAAAAAAGUAAGUCUCACAAAGCUAUCUCAAAUGCAGUUUUCAAGAUGAUUCUGUUUAUAUUUCCUUUGCGUAUAAAACUAACAGGUCAUUUUCAAUCCAAUAAGCCCACAAGCUGCAACAACCUUAAAGAGCUUCGCUUUUGUAACGCCACAAGUCAAAUAAGUUGAAUGGGUGAUAUAGAUGUUGUCAGCACGCUAAAAACUCUAGAUAUUCAGGAAGGCUGUCAAAGAAAACCAUUAGGCAGAUUUUGAUUGGAUCCUAAUGCUUAGCCAAUCUAAGAUAGAAGACAUACCAAUUUGUCCUUGAGGUUUAUCAUAAAAGAAAAACUGCGUUAGAGGUGCCACAUAAUGUAGAUAUUGACUAUUUUUUUUUUUUUUGAGGGCCAGAGAAUUAGUCUUAAAUUUUCCAUAUGUAGCAGCAUAAAGGAAAGAGGGGAAAGAUGCUUUUCCCUGAAAUUUGUAAAAUUCUCAUUGGUUCUCACAUACAAAUUGCAACAGAAAAGGAAAAAGCCAUAAUUGCACUGAGAUUUUAUUUUAAUGGUAGAUAACAAUAUAAACAGAUCGAAUCUUUCAAACUUGUCAAAUUGUUGGGAACUUGGGUUUCAAACCUGUGGAAGUCGAUAGAUGAACAGUAGGCGUUGAGUGCCACCACGAAGCUGUCAGCCCUAUGUUCGCUCUUCUUACUCCUUGACCUGUAAAGAGUGGCCCCAAAACGGGGCCGACAUAAUCCCCAUCAUAUCUCUUCUCCCUAAAAAGCAUGCAGGCAGUUAAAUAUCACGUGUAUAAUGGACCCUCUGAUGCCCCACUGAUCCUUCUGUCUUCGUCUCCAAUGAAUCAACAUGGGCCAGUAUCCUCUCUGACUGAAUCUGAAACUAGAUACGCAAUGUUAAAUUCCGACAAUAAUAAGAUUGAAGGAGAGUAACCUCAUCAUUAAUGUCAGUGAGACACAAGCAUAUGCCUACAAGUCAUGGAAGGCAGAGGAAUACGUUUUCCGGCCAAGGCUUUGCCUUUUUCAUUUCUAAAAAUGGGAAAGUAUCCUUAACAAGGUUAAUGAGAGAGAAAGGUUCUCAAACUGUUUGCCUUUCGUGAAAAAGAAGGUUGAGUUUUUGACUGUUUAAAAAAGUACAAAGAUCUAUGAAAUCUUUCUUUCCGGUGACUUUCCUCUUCAACUUGGCAAAUUACUGAUGAUCUCUUCUUAACGAUUGAAACAAAAAGGAAAUCCCAAAACUUUCCCUAAGUAGGCAGUCUUCAUACGUAUUCUCCCAACUGAAGUCUAGUUGACUCAGCCACUAUGAUCUUAAUCUCCCUUUAAAUCCACCUUCAGUUCAGCAUUUUCUAGUCCCUCCUACACCUCUUCUGCUUUUUCUCCUUAGAAAUAACAAAAACAUGUUACCGCUCCUUUCAUCUUUAACUUCAGAGACUUGUACCCAAAGAAAAAUACGAUAUCCACCAGUUAGCUUCCUCAGACAAAACAACAUGCUUUCCAUUCGAAGCUUCAUUCUUUUCUUCCUGAGUUUUAUUGCUGUUAGGAUGAAUCUAUGCUUCACCGGCAUCCCUUCUUCACUGAAGAUGCUUUCCAUCAACGGGCAUUUUGAAUUUGAUAAAGUGCAAUUUGCCGCAAGAGAUUUUGGUAAUAGAUAUCAAUUCUACCCUGCAGCAAUACUGCAUCCAUCAUCAGUUUCUGAUAUCGCCAUGACUAUAAAGCAUAUUUGGAAGAUGGGACCUCGUUCACAGCUCACAGUUGCAGCUAGAGGCCAUGGUCACUCGCUUCAUGGCCAAGCACAGGCCCACCAAGGAGUUGUGAUUAACAUGGAAUCACUUCAGGGCCCUCAAAUGCAGGUUCAUUCCAGAAACUUCACAUACAUCGAUGUUUCAGGAGGAGAAUUAUGGAUAAAUAUCCUGCACGAGAGCUUGAAAUAUGGAUUAACACCAAAAUCAUGGACAGAUUACCUACAUCUAACGGUUGGAGGUACUUUAUCCAAUGCAGGGAUCAGUGGACAGGCAUUUCGGCAUGGCCCUCAGAUCAGCAACGUUCAUCAGCUGGAGGUUGUAACAGGAAAAGGAGAUGUGGUAAACUGUUCAAAGGAACAGAACAGUGACCUCUUUUAUAGUGUUCUUGGAGGAUUAGGCCAGUUUGGAAUUAUAACACGAGCAAAAAUUCUACUUGAACCAGCGCCAACAAUGGUAAAAUGGAUAAGAGUGUUGUACUUAGACUUCACUACUUUUUCCAGAGAGCAGGAGCUCUUGAUAUCUGCAAAAAAUACAUUCGACUACAUUGAAGGAUUUGUUAUCAUAAACAGAACUGGUCUUUUGAAUAAUUGGAGAUCAUCGUUCAAUCCGCAAGACCCAGUUCAAGCUAGCCAGUUCAAUUCUGAUGGCAAAAUUCUUUACUGCCUAGAAUUGGCAAAGUACUUUCACCACACCGAGGACAACAUUAUUGAUCAGGAAGUCACGCGCUUGUUGUCUCAGUUAAGUUAUAUCCCAUCAACACUUUUCAUAUCAGAAGUUACAUAUGUGGAUUUCCUCGACAGAGUUCAAGUAUCAGCCGUCAAAUUACAAUCAAAAGGCUUGUGGGAAGUCCCACACCCGUGGCUGAAUCUCCUUAUUCCAAAAAGCAAAAUUAAAAAAUUUGCAGAAGGGGUUUUCGGCAAUAUCCUGAAGGAAACAAGCAACGGUCCUGUCCUAAUCUAUCCUGUAAACAAAUCGAAGUGGGACAAUAGAACUUCUGUAGUUAUUCCAGAGGAGGAAAUUUUCUACCUGGUCGCAUUUCUAACCUCUGCAGUUCCCUCUUCUAGAGGAAACGACAGCUUAGAAUACAUCUUAACUCAGAACACGAGAAUUCUGGAAUUCUGUAAAACAGCCAAUCUAGGAGUGAAACAAUAUUUGCCACAUUACACUACAAGGAACGAAUGGCAGGCCCAUUUUGGCCCAAUGUGGGAAACAUAUGUACAGAGAAAAACAGCUUAUGACCCUUUGGCAAUACUUGCUCCAGGUCAAAGAAUAUUCCAAAAGGCAAAAUCCUUGUCAUGAUGGCUCCCACAUUUGAACCUAACACGCAGAAGCCACCAUAAAAUGCAGGAGCCGUCUGCUGUAGAUUUACUAGUAUAUUCUGCGCCUUCUUUCCCUAGUGUAUAGGUUAACAAGGUAACUGCAGGGUAAUUCAAAUUUUAUUAAAAAAUGUGUCAAAUAAAAUAUGGAUUUAUUAACUAAAUUUGGAAAGCGACGAGGAACAGUGGAGCAAUGAUAGAUGUAUUCAUGUAUAUAUCAAUUUUGUAGUAAUA